AUGUUCCCCACAAUUUCCAGCCGUCAUCUCUGGUGGAGUAGCCUUCAGAGGAGAAUCUGCCUGAACCAGCCAGUUGUAAGCAGACAGCACUUUCAGCAUUUGCACAUCCGAGUUGGAGACCGGGCUGAACUCAGCAGAGCCUUCACACAAAGGGAUGUGGUUGUCUUCUCAGAACUAACAGGGGAUGUCAAUCCUUUGCAUUUAAAUGAAGAUUUUGCAAAACACACCAAGUUUGGGAAGACAAUUGUGCACGGAGUUUUGAUCAAUGGACUUAUUUCAGCUCUCCUGGGCACUAAAAUGCCAGGCCCAGGCUGUGUAUUUAUUUCCCAGGAAAUUCACUUUCCAGCCCCUUUAUAUGUUGGAGAAGUGGUUGUAGCUUCUGCAGAAGUGAAAAGGCUGAAGCGGUCCAUUGCUGUUAUUGCUGUGUCAUGCUUUGUGAGAGAAAGUGAAAAGACUGUUAUGGAAGGCUGCGUUAAGGUUAUGGUCCCAGAAGCUCCCAGCCCCUGAAAUAGGCGUUUAAAGGUGCAAGUUCAGGCAUCAGUGUUCCUGUUAUUGAAGAGCCUCUGAGGAAAACGGAUUGCCACUCUUCAACAAGGGGUGGCCAGCAGCCCACAGUGGGGGAGGGCAGGAGGUAGCGAGGUGUUCACAUGUCCACUUUCUAUUUUGGCCUUAGGCUUCAUACAGACGAGUCUAUCAUCUGAGUUUGUAAAUUUGAAAAAAUAUGGGUUUUUCUUAGCUCAAAGUGCUAAUUUUAGGAUUUCAAACCAAGUUAAAUUUGCAUUUGGAUAACAAACUUUCCUAUAUCUGUGUAGAAUAAGUCUCAGUGAAUUUAUAGCUAGGUAGCAUUUAAUUUUUGACGGCAACUAGAAUAGAAGUUGGGUCAUCUUUGAACACCUGUCUUUUAGCAACAAAUAUUCUUAGAUACUGUUCUUCAG